AUGGUAAAACCACAGGAACAUUAUCCGUCUCUAUGCUUGAAAACAUCACUCUUCAGUAGUAAUAUCCCAAAAAACUUGCUUACAGGCCUAUUUUCAACAUUAUUUUCCUACGGUGUAGGAGGCUUGGAAGAUACUUCAAGAAAGACAAAAGUAUCAUUCAAGAAACAUGUGGAAUAUUUGUUAUCGUAUCACGACAAAAGAUUCGAAGAGCAUUAUUCGUUUAUGUAUGUUGUAUUUAAUAUGAUUCAAAGACGAGAUGCAUGUCAACAAGCGCGGCUAAUUGUAUCAAGGUCAUAUUUUAAAGAUUAUGCAAGCCAGAUUCAGUCAUUAACAACCAAAGAUCUACGAGUGGCAUUAACAAGAAUCGUAAGUAAAACCUAUUCCUCAAAAGCUGAUUCACGUUUGGACAUACUACUAAAACAAGUCAAAGCUGUUGAUGGUCAUGUUAUGGGUUCAGAUCACUCCCGUGCUGAAUUAAGAAUCGAAAUACAUUUGUUAAUAUACAAACUAGGUCUACCAAGUAUAUUUAUAACAAUAAAUCCAGCUGAUAUACACAGUCCUAUGGCUAUGUAUUUUACUGGUGUUAACAUGGAUAUUGAUGAAAUACUAUCGAAUAAUUUCCUAUUAACUGUUCGAAAACGAGCACAACUUAUUGCAUCACAUCCUGCAGCAACGGCCAAAUUUUUUAAUCAUUUAAUUCAAACAGUCAUUGACACUAUGAUUAGCGGUGAAGGUGUACUUGGUUCAACAAAAUCUUAUUAUGGUACAGUUGAAAGUUCUGGUCGUGAUUCUUUACACUUACAUAUGUUGAUAUGGUUGGAUCACGAGUAUGCGCCAGCAGACGUGAAACAAAUGAUUAAAGAUAAAGAAUUCAGAAAGAAUUUAAUUGAAUAUUUAGAAGAUAUUAUUAAAGAAGAUCUUGACCAGUUUCAAAAUGAACUUAAAUCCAAGAAUAAUUUACAACUGGCUACAACUGAUACUGAUGAAGAGCCAGCAAUUGUAGAAAUUGAUGAUGCUGGAAAUAAAGUUGGUAUUGAAAAGGAAGAAGAACAAUUUAUCCUUGAGCGCACAAAUGAUAGAACUACGUUUGCACUAGCAAAUACACGAAUCGAUUAUCAAUAUCGGCCGAUUACGAUUGAAAAUGUUUGUCUUUACGACUUUGUUAGUGAAUACUAUCGAGAACGUAUGAAAUCCAAACACAGGGAAUAUUCAAAACAAGCCCACCAAGAAUCACCGCCUGGCGCUGGGAGAGGACGUCCACGAAGCGAACGACUGACGUUUACAAGUGAUCAUCCGCUACAUUUACCACAUUUAUUAAUGAAACGAGCAAAGAAUGUUCCAGUUCCAGUAUUUGUUGGACCACAAAUACCGAGACAGAGUAGAGAAGAGACGAGAGAACGGUAUUGCCGUUCUAUAUUAACCUUAUUCAAACCAUGGAGAAAAGUUGAAGAUUUAUGUUCUGUUAAUCAAACAUGGGAUGACGCAUUUCGAUUAUACGAAGAUAGCUUUUCGGAUUCAGCACAAACAAUCAUCGAUAAUAUUGAACUAUUGCAUGAAUGCAAAGAAAAUCGUGGUGCACAUUUACUACAAAUACUGGAACAAGGUGAAAGCGACGGUGACAUUGAUUUAAAUUUUGUCCCACAAAGAAAACUUAGAGUAAGUGAUGCAGAUGAUGUCGAGUUUCUUGAGUUAUUACAAUCAUUUGAUUCUGUGGAUACACCAUCAAUGUUAACAAGUGAUUCUUACAUAAAAGAAGCCAUACAGUGGAUGGAUAAAAGCAAUCGGUUUGAAUACUUACAAAUUUGUCUGUCGCUAGUAUCUAGUCUGCGGACAUACAAACAUACAUACAGGCAUUUUAACUCGAUAAGACCCUUUCCUUUACAGUCAACAUACUGCGAUAAUUUGACAUGGGAUGAUAUUAUCGAUGAUAGACCAACGUACACAAUUGGUGAUGUUGUACAAGUUAAAUUUGGAAAUAAACAUUACAAAGGAGAAAUAAAAACUACAGCUGAUCAGAUAGAAGAAUUACAACGACACAUUCCACGAAUUGAAGUAACAAAAUCAAAUAGAAUAUCAACAGAUCAAAGAACUCAAUCCAAAAGUAUAUUAAUAAAAGAAAAUAAUGAAUAUCAAGCAUUAGCUGAUGCCCUUGGACAUCAAGAUCAAAUUUUAACGUUUGUUCAAGAUAUAUUUGCAGCAGUUGAACUAGUACAAAGAAAUUUGAAAACAUUAACGGCGACAGUUGAAGAAGGGGGAAGAAAGUUGCUUCGAUUGAAACAAGUAACCGGCAAUGUACGGAUUUUGCACCAGCUCCGUAUAAAUCUUCAAUUAUGGAAAAAUAUUUAUGAUUUUCAUGAUACUGAUGACAAUGAAGAAAUUGAUGAAGUAACAUCUAAUUACAACAAAGCAGUGGAUACAUCAAAGUCGGUUCUCACAUCUGUAGAUAAUUAUUUAUCAUCAUUAACGUUCGCUGAUCCAGUUUUAACAAAUGCUUUUCCAAAUUCAACGGAUACAGUUCGUACUACAUUAGAUAAUGAAAUAAUAACCGCAACAAAUUAUUCUGAUACAAAUCCAUCAUUUUCAUCUACAACAUCUAACAAUGAACGAUUAACUUGUGUAAAUUUAAUUGAUCCAAACAACCCACAAAAUAUAUUCACAAUUGAUGAAAAUAAGUAUUUAAGUGCGAAACAAAUUGCUGAUUCAUCAAAUAAUGAUGGUGAUUUAUUACAUAUUAUUCAAAUGCUGGUAUUUUCAGUAUAUAAUGAAGAUGAAAUAGAACAAUGUUCAGUAGAUGGUAAAAUUAAAGGCACUAGACCAUUUGAUGUGGAAACAUUUCGAACAAUAAACAGUCAUCUAUUAGCUCUAUAUACACCACGUUAUUCAACAUACAGAAACUGUUCUCAUUUCGCAUCAGAUUUGCGCUAA